AUGGCACCUAUCGAUAAGCCAUUAACAUAUCUCCAUCCAAAAGUGAACGAGAGAUGGGUGAUCAAGGAACAAGGAUCUAUUAUUUGGGCAGUGUCAGAUAUUCUUCAGUCAAAAGCAGAUACUAUCUACAUGAACUGUAACUUGUACCAAGGCAACAACAUGCUUUUAUCAGUUUUUAAAGGUGUUCCGUUGGCUGUUGGUACAGAAAGCUGGACACCACCUGUAUUUCUCGAACCAGCACCUAAUUAUCGCUUUAGAUUGUGGAGUCAACCAUCAGAGGCAGGCAUCAUCGAUGAAUACAGCGUCGAGUUUUCCAUGGUUCCUCGCCCAGAAGAUGCCUAUAUGUUUUCGUACAACAAAUCAAUUGUGAUGGACAUUUCAAAUUCUACCCUACCACCAGAUACAAGAGUUCGAAUUGGACAGUAUGCCUUGCCUCCAGUGAAUGAGACGGAACAUUCAGACAUCAUGUUGGACGUAAGCGAAACUCCAGCUGCCUCCUUCUCAGACCCAAAUAUACCAACAGGAAUAUAUGCAUUGUAUCCUUCAGACUCGUGGCAGGUAUUGCUCGAACCGCAUCUGUUUGUGCUGGUUGCCAUUACAGCUUAUAUAGUGGCAAUUGGGUGGUAG